GGUCCAUGGUGUAAUAUAAUAUGCAUCGACCUAUCUGGUCCAAUAGACAGUGAUCAAAGUUAUACACCAUAACAGCUAUAUCCUUGCUAAUGCGAUGAGAUUUGAAUAUUUGCUCAUAGAUCAGUUUUGUGUACAUUCUAAGCUGUGUCGUGAAAUCGGAAACGUGGAAAUUACCCCUUGUCCGGUGUGAAUGCAGGCACUAAGUUGUGUUCGAAGUCUAAUUCGAAUAGUUGUCUGUUCAAGGUUGGAGCUUCCUUUAAUAAAGCCUUCCCCGGGAUUGUGAAACUACCAAUAUCCGGGCAACUUUAGGCUCUAUUAUAUUCAAUAGGGUUAUCCAGCCGCAGAGAAUAAACGGUUGAGUCUAGCUCGGAGGUCUGCAGAGCAACUAUGACAGGGUUAACGAUGCCUAACAUUGCACUGAUCGGCCUUUUCUUGACACACAUCCGCACCUGUGGUGCAUCGAACAUAUUAGUAAGCCCCCUCAUCGGCAAGGGAAGCCAUUUCUAUCUCUCAGCCGCCAUUGGGGAGCAACUUCUCGUCCGAGGUCAUAACCUUACCUACCUGGUCAGUAAUGCGUUCGAAGACCACGUCAAGAAGAGUCGUUUCGGUGAGAUGUUCCACUAUGAAGUAUUCAAGCAUUCGAUCCCCGUGGAAGACAUCCACGAACUGUUCCACAAUUUAAGCCGAUCCCUCUCAUCAGUAGGUCCAGGCAAUGAGUACAACGUGAGUAAGAUAUUAUUCGAGACUCAGCGAAACGACUGCACCGCCAUUCUUGAAGACGAAUUCCUUAUGACUCGUCUUCGAUCUGCAAACUUCUCAUCACUCUUGUACGACACCACUUGGGUUUGUGGCGCGAUCAUUGGAGAGGUCCUUAACCUUCCAUAUUUUGCAGUUGUUCCCUAUCCAAGUCCUUGCUUCCACACAGCUAGUGAAGGUUCAGGGUUCAAUCCAACCUAUGUACCAUCUAUAAUGACAUCUUACUCCAGUGUCAUGUCUUUUAAAGAGCGCUUAAUUAACUCAUUGGCUUUCGUAAUUUAUCACAAUCUAGGUAUACAAGUUACAAUAAAGCCCUACAAACCUAUAUGUGAACGAUUUGGUAUAGCAGACCCAUAUGAUCUUAUGAAGAAGAUAAAGCUGUGGUUUGUGAACAGCGACUUUGUUGCAGAAUAUCCUUGUGCCUUACCCCCUAAUGUCAUUCCAGUGGGUGGUCUUACGUCGCGAGAUCCCAUGCAACUCUCAUCGGACAUAGAAGACUUCAUCCAAGGUUCAGAAAGUGACGGCAUCAUCAUCUGUUCAUUUGGCACCAUCCUGACCCUGGAUGACUCUAACAUGGCCCUGUUUAAGAUGUUUGUAGAGGCGUUUACCAGGUUACCCCAGAGAGUUCUCUGGCUCGUGAAGACAUCGCCUCCAUUUCCUGUCCCCUCAAGUAUCAAGAUUCUGCCGUGGCUUCCCCAGAAUGAUAUCCUUGGACAUCCUCAAACGAGAGCCAUUUUCUUUCAUGGAGGGCACAACAGUUACUAUGAAGCUAUUUAUCAUGGUGUUCCUGUAGUUGCGAUGCCCGUCAUUGCAGACCAUUUUGACGUGUCGAACAGAGUUGUACACUUCGGGCUUGGACUGAAGCUAAACAAAGAUAACAUAACAUCGGAUAUGAUUUAUGAAGCUCUGUAUGAAGUAACAUCCAACAGCACCUACAUGCAAACAGCCAAACGGAUGUCGGCUAAUUUACGGAAUCGGCCGAUGAAGCCGGCUGAACGAGCAGCGUUUUGGAUUGACCACGCCCUCAACCAUGGCACCGACAAUCUUGAGAUAUCCGCAGAACAUUUGAAUAUUUUCCAGUAUUAUCUCUUGGACGUGAUAGCUUUCAUUUUCCUGGUUAUUAUAUUUUCUGUUUACUUUACAAUCAAGUGCAUUAAGGUGGUAUGUAGCCGAAUAUGUCGCUUUCGAAAUCCAACGAUAAAGGAGAAAGCUAAGUGAAGGAUUAUUAAACAAACAUUGAUUUGCUCAGAUCUUGCUUCUAAAUGAUCAGAAUUAUGUGCUGUCAAGUUCUCCUGUUAUCAAAUACAUUUUCCCCGAAAUUUCUUGUUAAAGGGCAAGACUAAUGUGAUCUUUUCUGUCCGAUACAUAUAAUACCGGCCAUAUCCGUA